GUUGUACCAUAAAGUUGGCACAUCUGACUAUCGGAAUGGCGACGGAUGGCGAUCGGACUCUGGUCCGAAGCUCCUCGUGCACGGCUGUGUAUGCCAAGAACCGAGUGCUGAUUCUCGGCCAGUUCAUCUCGGUGUUGAUUGCAUGCACUGGCGUCUUCUCUCAGCUGCUGAACGGAUCGUUCCAGAUCCAGAUCCCAGUGACGCAGAGCGCUGGCAAUUAUCUGCUGCUAUGUAUGUACUUGGUGGACCCCAUUAUGCGGUUCCGACGCCAGAAAGGCUACCAACUUGAGAUCUCGUGGUGGCAAUAUCUGUUGCUGGCAUUCGCUGAUGUGGAGGGGAACUUCUUAGUGGUCUGCGCAUACAAGUAUACAUCUAUCUCGAGUGUUAUGUUGCUGGAUUGCUUCACUAUCCCGGUGGUAAUGUUGCUGUCGACGGUGUUCCUGCGAGCAAAGUACACACGCUCGCACUUUGUGGGGGUACUCUUCUGUCUUGUGGGCAUCAGCGUGUUAGUCAUCUCGGACGUGAUUCGAGACCAGGAGACGAUGUCGUGGGACGUCUCAGCUUUGUAUGGAGAUUUUCUCUGCUUGUUCGGUAGUGCAGUCUACGCUUGCUCCAAUGUGGGGCAGGAAUAUCUCGUCAAGAAGGAGAACCGACGUAUGGAGUUCCUCAGCUUGGUUGGCCUGUUUGGCUUCCUCAUCAGUUCGAUACAAGCUGUCUAUUUUGAAGGAGACGUUGUGCGCGCUGUGGACUGGACUUGGCUCAGCGCGCUGUGUCUACUUGGCUACAUCAUCACAUUAUUUGUUAUGUAUACUGCGACAUCGGAGGUUUGCAUCUAACCCUUAAUAACUACGUGCAGAGCUUCCUCACCACAGGCGACGCCGCAGUCUUCAACUUGUCGUUGCUCACUUCCGACUUCUUCGCGGUCGUGGCAGCCAAGUACCUUUUCAACGAGGAGCUCAGCAGUCUCUACUUCGUGGGCUUCUCUUUCAUCAUCGUUGGCGUCUCGGUCUACAACCGAUCUGCGCCGCCUACAACGGCAGCAAGUUGUAGUGAACCAUUCGACGUCCAAGACGGCUCUAUCGAUCGCCUGCUACCCUAGAACGCAUUACGCCCAACAGCCUCGAACAGUACUGCAUUAAUCUAAACACUAAAUGCGAAGAAGACGAGGUAUAUGGUCUGAAAAAAUGUAGUAAAUGAAAAAAAACUUCCAAGA